AUGAAAAUGCUAUCCUGGAACUGCCGUGGAUUGGGGAAUUCACGGGCAGUUAGAGCCUUGUCAAGGCUCUCUUUAAAACUUAAACCCCAAAUUGUCUUCUUAAUGGAGACUAUAAGUUAUGUAACAGAAUUUGAUAGAGUUAAAAAUGUCACUGGUUUGGACUGUUGUUUGGCUAUGAAUUGUUCAGGUAGGAAGAGAGCAGGUGGGAUUGCUAUGCUUUGGAAAAGCAAUUUGGAUGUGAACCUUCUGUCCUGUUCAGCAAAUCAUAUUAGUGUGAUUGUCACUGAUGAAUGGGACCAAAAAUGGUGCUUAUCCGGAGUUUAUGGCUAUCCAGAAGAAGAGAAUAAGGUUAAGACUUUGGAGCUGCUAGGCUCCCUAAGAUCCCAGUAUCAGGGUAUGUGGAUAUGCCUUGGAGAUUUUAACUUAAUUUGCAAUUCCUCUGAAAAAAGUGGGGGUAGAACUGCGAAUCUAAACCAAAUGAGGCAGUUCAAGGACACUUUGGAAGAAUGUGGUCUAACAGAUUUGGGCUUUACUGGUUUCCCUUUUACUUGGAACAAUGGAAGGGAUGGUGAUCAAAACAUUAAGGAAAGAUUAGAUAGGUGCUUGGCAAAUUCUGAUUUUAGUACUGGCUUCCCUUGUGUCUAUGUUGAACAUAUGGGUAGCUAUGGAUCCGAUCAUACUGUUCUAGCGAUUUCUCUGAAGAAUGGUAUAGAACAACAAGAAACAAGAGUUAGGAAAGUGUUGGCUGUCAAAGAGGUCCUGGUGCCUUUUCGUAAAGAACAAGGCAAUCUUCAGAGACAGAUUGAUCGAAAGGAAAGAGAAUUGAUUAGAAUUGAAAAGGGUUUAGCUUCCAAUGAAAAUCUAAGCAAGAAGAUAGCAGUACAAAAGGAAUUUGAUGACCUGCUGCUCAAACAAGAAAUAUAUUGGAAGCAACGUUCAAGGGCCCUAUGGUUGAGAGAAGGAGAUAAGAAUUUUUUCACAAAAAGGCCUCUCAAAGACAGAAACACAACAACAUCAAGAAGAUUAAAAAUGAGCAGAAUGAAUGGGUUUUUGGUGAUGAAGCUGUGUCACAAGUUAUCCAAGGUCACUUUCAGCAGGUCUUCUCCUCUGAGAACCCCCAGAAUAUACAGGAUACUUGUAAGAGGGCCCAGAUGGCCUUCCCGCUUUGUUCUUUCAGCGCUAUUGGGAUUUGGUAGGGGUGCAGUUACCUCACAUGUUCUGGAUGUGUUAAACAAUGGAAGAGAAGUGGCAGACAUGAAUGAGACCUAUAUUUGUCUAAUCCCUAAGGUCUCUAAACCUCAGACCCCCAAGGAUCUAAGGCCAAUAAGCCUAUGCAAUGUGUUAAUGAAGAUAGUCACAAAGUGUAUUGCUAAUCGGCUUAAGUGCAUUCUACCUGAUCUGGUUGGAGAAACGCAGAGUACUUUCAUACCAGGUAGGCUCAUCACUGACAAUGCUCUUAUAGGCAUGGAGGUUUUCCAUUACAUGAAGAAAAAGAAACAUGGGAAGAAAGGAUGGAUGGCACUCAAGCUUGAUAUGUCCAAAGCCUACGACCGUAUCGAAUGGGAGUUCCUAAGGGAGGUGCUGAAUUCUAUGAAUUUUCCUUCUCAUUUUGUCUCCCUUGUCCUAAAGUGUGUCUCUUCAGUUAAAUAUGCCAUUUUACUGAAUGGUGAGCCAAGAGAUUGGUUCUCACCCCACCGGGGUCUCCGCCAAGGGGACCCGGUUUCACCUUACCUGUUCAUUUUGUGUGCAGAAGUGUUUGCGGGUCUGAUUGAUGAACAAGUUGCUCAAAAUAAUAUCCAUGGAAUUAAGAUAGCUCGAGGAGCUCCUCAGAUUUCUCAUCUUUUUUUCGCGGACGACAGUUUACUCUUUAUGAGGGCCAACCUUGUGGAAGCUGAGCAUGUUCUCACUAUCAUCAAGAGAUACGAGGAAGCCUCUGGACAAAGGGUCAAUUUUGAUAAGACUGAGUUGUCCUUCAGCCAAAAUGUGCCAGAACAGAUUUGUAAUCAAAUCCGGAAUAGGAUGGAUGUUAAGGUUGUGGGCUCUCAUGAUAAAUACCUUGGUUUGCCAACGGUUAUAGGUAGGUCCAAGAAAGAGGUUUUCCUCAAGGUACAAGAGAGAUUGGUGAAAAAACUAAAAGGAUGGAAAGAAAAAUACCUCUCAAAGGCUGGAAAAGAAGUCUUACUUAAAUCUAUAGCUCAAGCAAUUCCCAUCUACAUCAUGAGUUGCUUUAAAAUUCCAGAUAAUAUUUGUGACUCUAUGGCUUCUCAAAUGGCUAAUUUCUGGUGGGGGCAAAAGAACUCUGAAAAAAAGAUCCACUGGAUGAGUUGGGCCAACUUAUGCAAGCCAAAAUCUUGUGGUGGCUUGGGUUUUAGAGAUUUCAGGAGCUUUAAUGAGGCUUUGUUGGCCAAGCAAGUAUGGAGAUUACUCCAGCGGGAAGAUUCUCUACUGUACAAAUGUCUCAAAGCAAGAUACUUUCCAAGGGCUUCUCUUCUUAGUGCUCCAGUGGGUUUUAGACCAAGUUUUGCCUGGAGAAGUAUAUGCUCAGCGAGGAAAAUAAUCACAGAGGGAUCACUGUGGAAAGUGGAUAAUGAGCAGAGAAAAUGGAGGAGUGAUGUGGUGGAUCAGAUUUUUGUGGUUGCUGAAGCUGAGAGAAUAAAGAAUAUCCCUCUCGCUUGGGUUGAUAGAAAUGAUCUUCUCAGCUGGAGACAUACUGUUACUGGUGCUUUCACUAUUAAAUCAGCUUAUUCUAUAAUACUCGAACAUAAGGUUUCUAAUGUAGCAUCUUCUUCUUCUCUGAGAACUGAUUGCAUAUUUGUAUGGAAAUUAAAAAUUCCAAAGAAAGUGCAGCACUUCAUUUUUCGACUGGUUAAUAAAUCUCUCCCUUGCCAGCACAAUCUGAAAAGAAGAGGUGUUCUUGUGGCCCCUAUUUGUCCUCUCUGUGGUGAGUGCUUAGAGGAGACUCCUUCUCACAUUUUUCUGCAAUGUAAUUGGGUUAGGCAAGUUUGGUUCGCCUCUCCUAUGUCCAUUCGUUAUGGGGAUAUUCAGGUUGACAUAGAUAAGUGGCUAUAUCUGUUGUCCUCCGCAGGAGAAAGAGAGGUUAUUGACCAAGUUGCUAUGCUACUUUGGAGCAUAUGGAAGGCACGUAAUGACAGCACCUUUAAGAGAAUCAAGCCUGAUGUGCGCAAGACUUUAGAUAUGGCAGUUAAUAUGAGAGUAGAAUGGCUAAGUCACCAACCAAUUUCUGCUAAAACGGUUAUGCCUAGCGCUGUGUGGAUACCACCCCCUUCAGGCUACAUGAAACUGAAUUUCGAUGCAGGCUGGUCGGGUAAUCGAGGCUCGGGUUUUGGUUUGGUCAUUAGGGAUGAUAAAGGUCUGUUUCAAGCUGCAGCAUCUCACUAUGAAGACCAUAGGAUGGACCCUCUUGUUGCAGAAGCUUUGUGUUUCAGAUGGGCCUUGCGGUUAGCCGUAGAAUGGAAUCUGGAGAAUUUAGUUAUUGUGUCUGAUUGCCAGCAACUGGUGAAAGCCUUCCAUCAAUGUCUUGAUUUCCCUUCCUUGCAUCAAAUCCUGCUAGACUGCUAG